AACAGAAACAGAAGCUCCAGAGCAGCUCAGCAGAACCUUCAGCAGAGAAACGAUGCUGCUCCUCCUCAGUCUCUUCCUCCUGGUUCCUCCGUGCCUGGCGGUGAUGUCCAGCGGUUGCCAAAGCGACAGGAACUCUGACGACAGGCCGCGGGUCAGCUGCGUUAAUCAGAGUCUGACCGCAGUGCCUGAUGGGAUCGACGCAGGGACGGAGGUGUUGGUUCUUUCCCAAAACGAGUUCACCUCGCUGUCCUGGGCCGCCUACAGCGCGUACGCACAGCUGCACGAGCUGGACUUGAGCCAGAACCACAUCAGGGUCAUCGACCCGUCAGGUCCAGUACUGGAGAAGCUCAGUGUGCUGCGGUUGUCCAGUAACAGCCUGGAGGGUUUGGGUGGCCGAGUGUUCCGCUUUGCUCCUGCGCUGAUGGAGGUGUAUCUGGAUGGAAACUUUCUCCGCACCCUUCAUGAUGCCACCUUUGGUGAUCUUCCACAGUUAGAGGUCAUUGAACUCUCUAGGAACCAGCUACCAGCACUGCCCCGUCGCCUGCUGGAGUCUGUAACCUCCACUGGCCUCAAGACCUUUGACCUAGAAGAUAAUUGUGUUCAGCACUUGCCUGAUGAGUUCUUCUCCUCCAAGCCUGAACUGCCUUAUGUCUUCUUGUCCAAGAACCGCUGGGUUUGCAGUUGCCAGGUGGGCUACCUGGAGAAAUACCUGAAUGAUCAGGCACACAAUGUGUAUAUACAUGGCAAUCGCACCAUGGACCUGAAGGGCAGCGUUGAGAAUGUACCAGAGAGUGUGGUGUGUUUCGAGCCACCAUUUAUGAAAGGGAUGGUCAUCAUGAACCUAGAGGAAGACCAAUACUGCAGCACAAAUGUACCAACACCUCCACUGCAGUCCUAUGAAAUGGCCCCUACAUUCAGUCAAACAACAUUAGCACCUGAACCCACAACCUCAAAAAUGAUACCAACAACCACUGAGCCAGGCAUCACAACACAGUCACCCAUGGUUACCCCAACCACGAGCUCCAAGAUCAAUCAGCCAACAACCACAACGGAUACCAUUUCAAUCCCACAAACAGCCUCAACGAGCACUACACCUGCAAGUAGCCACUCUCUGCCAGCCUCCACCAUGUCUAGUAUCUGGACCAGAUUUGAAUUCUGGACUGUCCAGCAUUUUUGGACUGAGGUCUGGUCUCAAUGGAUCUCAGAGUCCAGGUCAUUCAACAACACCAAAAGAACUGAACUCUAUUCCACAGCCUCUACAAGCCAUGAUAAGAAUUCUACAGCACUUCCUACAUCUACUCUUGAUCCAGGAAACCUUUUGGUCCACUUGCCCUGGACAUCUCCAGAGCCUGCUACACCUGAACCCCAAUCAACAUCCUCUACCGACCAUCCAAGGACCUCUAGAUCACCCCAUACCUCUGUUCCUGGUCUAGAAACCUUGACUUCCUUCGACCAUGCCUCAGGUGAAUCCAGAUCAGAGUCCAGCUGCAUGGUGCCAUGGUGCUGGUGGCUGUUUGCUGGCUUUUUGCCACUUUGCAUUCUCUCAGCGCUCUGCUCCUGCAUGCUCUUCCUCUGGAUCCUCAUCACCUACCUCUCCCUGUACCGGCCAAUCCAAAGGAAACUCUGGAAGCAGGGUGGAGGAGUGACCCUGCUGACCUUCCGAAACACUCUGGAUAGUGUGGGAGGGGGGGGGCUGGGGAGCGAGACUGUGAAGUUCUUAGCUCCAGAGAACAUACCCAUAGAGAGCCAGGCAGUGUUCCGCUCGGUUCUGUUCAUCGAGAAAGGAGACGAGGAGGUAGAGGAGAAUGGAAGGAGAGAGGGAGCGAGGGACAAGGAUAGAGGAGAUACAGCGGCUAGAAUAGAACUGGUGCCAGCAGUGGAGGAGGAAAGGACGGAGGUGACAAUACGGAGGGAGAAAGAAGGAGGGAGAGAAGUGACAGACAGAAAGGAGAUGUUCAGGAAGACACUGUACAGGGUGAUAAGCAGAGAGGAAGAGAUAGAGGGAUGGAGGGAGGUGGAGGAGAGCUGGGGGAUGCCGGAGAGAAGGAUGACUGAGAGGAGGAAGACGCGGUACAGCCUAGUCCUAAGGGAGGAGAAUGGCAGUGUGGAGGACAUGGGAGGAGGGCAGGAGUGGUUGGUAGGAGAGUGGGAGAUGGGGGGAGGAAGACAGAUGAAGGAGGGAAGCUGGGGGUCUCUGAUUAGGAGGAUACAGGGCGGGGCUUCCUUCGCCCCGCCCACACCGGUGGCAGGGUCGCAAACCAACACACCUGAGGGUGGUGGGGCUACAGCAGAUGGAGAAGCGUCUACAUCCAGGGGAGGUGGGACUGCACAGUGAGGAAGGAUGGGCUACAUCUGAAGGAGGUGUGGCUUAACAUGAAGAGGUGGGGUUAUAUCUAAGGGAGGCGGGUUACAGCUGAAGGGGUGGGGCUACACAUGUGGAAAGAAGAUGGGAUAAAAACCGGCCAACCGAGGCGGUACUAUUGUUGAUCGAGAAGGCGUGGGGCUAAAAAUGUGGGUGGGCCUAAUUUCUAAGGGAGGUGGAUUACAGCUGUAGUGGUGGGGCUAAGCAUGGGGAGGGGCUAUAUGUAUGGGAGAUGGGUUACAGUGAAAGGGGGUGGGGCUUUAUAUGUGGAAGGCAAAUGGGGUUUUACCUAAAAAGAGGUGGUAUAGCACCUGAUGGGGGCGGGACUACAUCUAAAGGGGUGGCGCUACAUCUGUGGAAGGGAGGUGGGUGUUUACCUAAAGGGGCGGGGCUGCAUCAUUGUUAGUGAGUGAGUACAGAAGCAGCUUGUUGACGAUUAUCCUAAAGACCAGCUCAUAACAGUGAAUUAAACCCACAGGCAGGGGCAUGUCUGGGUGGGCGGAGCUUUUUCUCCAUUGCUUGUAUUUCAGCCUCUGUUCAGGUUCUGUGAAGGUUCUCUGAGCUCGUUCCCCCAGCAUGGCGCUCUCAUGCCGUGUUUGACUGUCAGCGCUCAGAGACGUAUCUCUGCAGAACAGUAAGGCGUGGGUUUCCUGCUGCAGGCCUGGGAGCUCGGGGGGUAUCUGUGGCUCAUGACUGAUACCAGGAUUCAGGAAAUGUUCCAGAGCAGCAAAGAAACCAAGCCUUUGAAGCACUGCCUGCAUCCCAUAUAUACACACAGGCAAACCAGCCCGAAACUAUCCUCAAAGUAACCGUUACAAGGUUCUGCUGCCUCCUGGUGGUGUCUAAUAGUCCGUAGUGGUGUCCUGUGUUUUCCUGAGGGUUGAUAUCACAGCAUUUAGGACUCUGAUGGAAUCUAAAUGUGUCAAUUAGGCCAAUCCCCAUUAGAAAGCAUCUUAAUCCUAAUGGUUUUAAUGGUCUUUUUCUGCAGGGAACGUGUUGUUAUUUGUCUUUAGUGCGUAAUAAACAGUGAAUAACUCGGAGGAACGAAUUUGGGCCUUACACGUGUAGCUGCUGUGCCUCCCUCUGUCCAGCAGGUGUCACUGAUGGGCACCGCGUUUGAAAUCCGCAGUUAAUGGACUCUUAGCGCGGGUCUGUUUCGGUUUUAUCCAGAAAUCUUUUUAUAAGCAUCGUUAUUUUUUCCUGGUAUAAUCUUUGCUCCUGCUGUGCUGUUUACCUGCUCUUUUCCUUUGUAGCACCAACAUAAAGAAAUAAAAUGAAGAUUAAACUCAA